UUUCAGGAUAGGCUCUCUGUCAGACAAGAUCUUGGAAAGUAGAAGCGCAGCUACCACAGACCCUGCUGAGUGAAGAAUUCUACUUCCAUCCAAGCUGAGUUUCGCAUCGAGCAGCGUGCCUAUUCGCGCACGCCACUACAUCUCAGCAAGAGCAAUGGAGGUUGAGACAGGCAUGUGCUCUAUCGACGAGCUCCCGGACGAACUUCUAGUCGCCAUCGCGGCUGAGUUCCAGGUCGAGCGCGGAUAUCUUGUGGACGCGGACGCUGAGGAGGGCCGUCGUAGCAGAAACGCAGUCAUCGUUUACAGCCUGCAUGCGCUGGCCUUAUGCUGUCGGCGGCUCAACGCUAUCGCCACUCCCUCCCUGUAUCAGUGCAUCAUACAGACUAAGCGACUCAUGCCCUUGCUGAUACCGACGCUUCUGCACAAUCCCCAUCUCGGUCAGCAUAUUCAGUACAUCGAGAUUACAGAUGAUGAGCAUGGUAACGCUGAGAUGUAUACCUGGAAGCUGUUUGAAGGUUUCGACCAGCCUACCCGCGACAAGUACCUCGAGCGUAUGAAAAGCGCAAAAUGGAUUGUUCCUACAUGUGACUUUGUGGCAGAUGCUACCGUCCAGGCUGAGCAGAACUCGCCCACAAAUGGUCUGUCCAGAAUCUCCGAAUCAACGCUUCGAUGGAUACAACAGAUGAUUAAGUCAAAGACCAAAGACAGCCUUGUUGUUCUGCUUUCACUCGCGGAUAAUCUCCAGGAUGUCGCGAUUGAAAACAAUAUCAACCAGGGCUACAUGGAAAUCCUGGCAUUGACCUACUUUGCCAGGCCAGACGCUUUCAGAAGACUCUGGGUCUGUAGCGAUUACUACCAAGGCUGCCGAUGGUCAUGGACGAAUAGAAUCAGCCCAGAUUAUGAUGUCGAGCUGCCCCAGAUCCAUCAUUCCUUGUCGAAAUUCCAGGACAGCCUGACCCGUCUUACCAUUGAUACCACUGAUUUGGCGCCGUGGGGUACGCUCAGCUCGUUCGUACCGGCACUUGGUAGCCUGCGCAGCUUUAAGGUUCUGGCGUUUGUGGAAGUCACUGCUCUUGUGCUCUGGGGUGAAGGCGAUUUCUGGGAUCAAGGCCCGUUGUCUGAACUUUUGCCUGAGUCUAUUGAGCAUCUGAUCCUCAAGACUGAGUGGGAUGAAGACAUUGAAGAAAAGUUGGACCAAAUGAGCUCGGAAUGCACUACCUAUCUGCCUAAAUUGAAGAAAGUGGAGUGUACUUGGAGGCCUGCAUCCGGCUUCAUUGCAGAUCUGUUGAUCGAUGCUUGUCGUUUAGCAGGGGUUGAUCUCAGACUCAGCGUCGAAGAGUCUCAAGAUCUUGAGAGCAAGCACUAG